AUGAAUACUCAAGUUCUAUUAGAAUUAGAUUCUGAAUAUUUAAAGGUCUCGGUUAAUGAUAAUUGUUCAUAUUGCAAUAAAUCAUUUGUUGAGAAAUAUUGGUGUAAAAAAUGUGAUCCUUGGUGUAUAAUUGAAGGAUGGACUAGUGGAAAUUCAGAUAUCGAUAAAUUCAUUAAAGAUACAAUGUAUGAAGCAAGACAUAAAGAAUAUCAAGGAUUUCUUGAAUGGGUGCCCUUUGAUCAAUUCACAGAUAUAAAAGAAAUUAGUGAAGGAGGAUUUGCAAAAGUGUUUUCUGCAACAUGGAUCGAUGGUAAAACUAUAUUUAAAAAGCAUAAUGGAGGUUGGAAAAAAUUAGAUCCUAAACCCAUGAAGGUUGCUUUAAAGAGAAUAAACGGAAUGCAAGAUAUGUCAGCUGAAGUAUAUUUUACAUUUACAUUUAUAUCUUUUUAUUAA